UAUACUUAGAAGAGACAAUUGUGAAUGAUAAUAAAUUACAAGAGUUUGAAGAUGAAAACUUAGAAGAGACAAUUGUGAAUGAUAAUGAAUCACAAGAGUUUGAAGAUGAAAGUAUGAUAUUUAAAUCUAGUGAUAUAGAUAAAAGUGAAGAGGAAAAUAGUACAGUAUUUGGACUUAAAGUAGGAGAUAAAUUCAUAGAUUGGGAAUUAGCUAAAAGACAAAGUUUUAAUUUAGAAGAAGAAAACCAAUCAGACAAUAAUGAUGAUAUUAAAUUUGUUGAAGACAACUAUAAAUCGUCUAUGCUGAAUUUAAACUCGAUGAUGCAAUAUUUGGAUUUAACUACAAAAGAAAUAGAAAUUCAUAAUAAACAAUCGAAAGAUGAAACAUUAAAUAUUAGUAAUCCUUAUCAGAUACAUAUCAAAGGUGCUCUGAAAAAGUAUUUGAAGAGUGCAUUAGAAGAUGUUUCUACUAAUAUUAAUAAGCAAUACAAUG